GCCGGCCGGCGGCUGCGCGUCCUCUCGGGCCAUCUGCUGGGCCGGCCCAGGGAGGCUCCGAGCGCUAAGGAGUGCAAGGCGCGGAGAGCCUCGCCGGCAACCGCCGCGGCGCCCACGACCGGCCCCGCCGCGCCGGAGUCUGGUAGCAUCCCCAAGAAGCGGCAAGAAGUCAUGAAAUGGAAUGGAUGGGGAUAUAAUGAUUCCAAGUUCUUCCUCAAUAAAAAGGGCCAACUUGAGUUGACUGGGAAAAGGUACCCUCUUAGUGGUGUGGCGUUACCAACUUUUAAAGAUUGGAUCCAAAAUACCUUUGAAACAAAUAUGGACCAAAAAUCUACCUCUAAAGCAUCCUUAAAUCCUAGUGAUACACCUCCUUCUAUUGUAAAUGAAGAUUUUCUUCAUGAACUUAAAGAAACCAGUAUUUCAUAUUCACAAGAGGCAGAUGAUCGAGUAUUUAGAGCUCAUGGUCAUUGUCUUCAUGAGAUAUUUUUGCUCAGGGAAGGAAUGUUUCCGCGAAUUCCAGAUAUAGUUUUAUGGCCAACAUGUCAUGAUGAUGUAGUUAAGAUUGUGAAUCUAGCAUGCAAAUACAACCUUUGUAUUAUACCAAUUGGCGGAGGAACAAGUGUUUCGUAUGGCCUCAUGUGCCCUGCAGAUGAGAGAAGAACAAUAAUUUCUUUGGAUACUUCACAAAUGAAUCGAAUUCUCUGGGUGGAUGAGAACAACCUCACAGCUCAUGUAGAGGCUGGUAUAACAGGACAAGAGUUGGAAAGACAGCUUAAAGAAAGUGGUUAUUGUACAGGUCAUGAACCAGAUUCCCUGGAAUUCAGCACUGUGGGAGGAUGGAUAUCUACUCGGGCAUCAGGCAUGAAGAAGAACAUCUAUGGAAAUAUUGAGGACCUGGUGGUUCAUAUGAAAGUGGUUACACCUAGAGGUGUGAUAGAAAAAAGUUGUCAAGGACCUCGGAUGUCUGUAGGCCCUGAUAUCCAUCACUUCAUCAUGGGAUCUGAAGGAACUCUUGGUGUAAUAACAGAAAGAUGUGCUCCUGCGUCUAUCCGCCUCAUGGACAACAAGCAAUUUCAGUUUGGUUAUGCUCUUAAACCUCAGGUUUCUUCUAUUUUUACUUCAUUUGUGGAUGGGUUGAAAAAGUUCUAUAUUACAAAGUUUAAGGGAUUUGAUCUAAAUCAGCUAAGUGUAGCUACAUUAUUGUUUGAAGGGGACCGUGAGAAGGUUCUUCAACAUGAAAAACAAGUGUAUGACAUUGCUGCAAAAUUUGGUGGAUUAGCAGCUGGGGAAGAUAAUGGACAGAGAGGUUAUUUGCUGACCUAUGUCAUCGCAUACAUGCGAGACCUGGGUUUGGAGUACUGUGUAAUAGGAGAAUCUUUUGAGACUUCUGCUCCUUGGGACAGGGUUAUAGAUCUCUGUAAAAAUGUAAAGGAAAGAAUAAGAAGGGAAUGCAAAGAGAAGGGUGUUCAGUUUGAUCCUUUUUCUACAUGCAGGGUGACGCAAACUUACGAUGCAGGUGCAUGUAUCUACUUCUAUUUUGCCUUUAACUACAGGGGAAUUAGUGACCCACUGACUGUGUUUGAGCAAACUGAGGCAGCUGCUAGAGAAGAAAUCCUUGCGAAUGGAGGGAGCCUGUCACAUCAUCAUGGAGUGGGCAAGUUACGGAAGCAAUGGCUAAAAGAAAGCAUCUCUGAGGUCGGCUUUGGGAUGCUGAAGUCCGUCAAGGAGUAUGUGGACCCCAGUAACAUCUUUGGAAACAGAAACCUUUUAUAAUCUAUUAGUAUCAUUAUGAAAAAUGUCACUUUUUCUUUUUAAGACUUCAACAAUGGUUAUACCAGUAAUCAAAUAUAAUCCUAGACUGUAUUUUGACCCUUUUGUUUGUUGUUUUAAAGUAAGUUUGUUUUUAUUCUGUGGUUUUCUCAUCUAUGGAUCGACAAAUGGUAUUCCUACAUCUCCUCUUGUAGGUAUAUCAGUUUAUAGCCAGCGGUUGUCACUUCACAUCUUGGGUAGCACAAGUCUGCUCGUUAUUUUGGAAAAAGAUGCUGCCAGCUGUUUCAUAUUGAUGCUUUCUCUUGGAACGGGCAGAUUUUGGUAUCAUCUGUUGUUCAUCUAGUGUUUCUUUAAAAGACUAUUUCUGACAAGCAAGUAUCUAGAGAGAGAGUCCACUGAGAAUGAUACAUGUAUCUUUUCUAAGAAAUAUUCUACUGUGAGUAGGCCAUUAAGGGAGAGUUUUCAUAAAAGAAUAUAGGCAGCUUUUGCUAGUAUGCCUUUAGUUCGUAAGGUGCUUGGUCUACAAUUUUCUUUGAAAUUAGUAAACAGUUGUAAAAACUUUAAAUCACCAGUAUAAUAAUUCUGUGAGAGGACACAUUUUUGUUCUCCAUGUUUCUGUUUCUACUGAGGUAUAAGUUGUAUUUGUAUCACUGAGAAGUAACCUAUUGUUAUAUCCUAGAUCAUUCAUAAUAUGUUUUAUAAGAAAAGCUGACACCACUCGUAUGUGAAAGACAGGUUUACCGUAAAGUGAGCGUCUUUAUCCAUCCCAGAGUCCUAGUGUUUCUGCUGUUGCAUGCUUGUGACUGAGCUGCAGAGAAGUUGCAGCAGGAUCAGAAGGAAGACUCCUGACCCUAAUGUCUCCAGCUGAAAGAAUUGUUUGGCGAAAACACUCAUUGUUCAGCUAUUGAAUUUCAAAGCCUCAACAAUUUCAGUGACAAUUUUUUUUUAACCCAACACAGCAUGAUAAAUUUUCAUAUAAAAAUAAAGUGUGAAUUUAGUU